UAUUUACUUUUAUUUUACUGUGUCCUGUUUAAUCUUUUUAUUGGCUAUUAUUGGCUGAAUUAUUUACAUUUAUUAUGUAAAUAUUAAAUUAUUAUUCACAUUUACAGAAGCCAAACCUGCUGUAAACAGCUGUUGGUCCUUUAAGGGUGGUGUUGUUGCCCGUUGUUUUUAUUUCACCUCUGAACAGCCACCUCCUGACCCAUCGGGGGUUUUUGAGGGCACAGGAUAACCUGGUGGAUAAUAAAUGGCAAACAGGUGGUUUGCUGGCCUGUUGGCUGGUAGGAUAGGAUAGCUGCUGGCUGGGUAAGAUUAGAGGAGAUAAAACAAAGGAAAAAUUUAGUCCACCCUCUUUUUGUCUUUUGCUUUGUGUUUGAUAGCCCUAUAACUGGGGUGUUUAUGUUAACGAAACAUCGACCACCCAUUUUUUUUUUCAUUAUCAUGUGGUUUAUCAUUUAACGUCAUCCUCUUCUUCUUCUUCUUCUUCUUCUUCUUCUUUUUUUAAAGUAAAUGCCACAAAAUAGGAAAGAGCCAGCAACUGGCUUUAAUCGUUUAAUGUAAUCUACAGGCUACAGCUAAAUGCUGCCUCCUCCAUAGUACAAUAUACAUGUUUAUACAGUGACGUCAUGUUGAAGUCCUUUUGCUGAUGAUGGUCUUUAGUACGUAGCUGAUGAUUGAUGAUGAGGUUAUGUUUGUGUUGUUCUGUGGAGAUCAUUGAAGAACUGAACCUGUUAAACACUCAGACCUGCUUCAGAUUUCAUCGCUUUAGUUAUGACGCACUUAUUUAAGAUCGUCCUCCAGUCCAACCUACUGAACGUCACUCUAACGCGACAUACACAUGACAUGAGUUCAAGAACACGGAAAUGUCUGCUGUGACUGCGUCGCUCUUGCUGUUUGUCGUCCUCUUUGUGUUUGUCUCUGCAGACAAGAAAAACAUCACAGCUGAGUCAGGACAGAGCGUCACUCUGACAUGUCGAGCUCCAAACAACAACAAUGACAUUGUAGAGUGGUGCAGAGCUGACCUCGAGCCAAAACAUGUCCUUGUGUACCGCGGUGGGAACUUGGUUUCAGAUGAGCAGCAUCCAUCUUUUAAGGACCGGGUGGAUCUGCAGGGCAGACAGAUGAAGGAUGGAGACGUGUCUCUGAUUGUGAUGAAUCUGACAAUAAAUGACACUGGAACAUACGAGUGUCGUGCGUUCACAAGUGGAACAAACUGCAGGAAGAAAGCAAAUCGCAGUGUCGAGCCCAUCAGCAUCAUCAACCUGAGUGUUGUUGAUCCUCCAGGUCAGACAGGAGGACACACAGAGGGUGGAGUCAGUGGUCUGGUAGCAAGUCGGUCCUUUUUGGUGCUGGGUUUGUUGUUGUUGGGAGUGUUACUGGUUUUAUGAUCAAUAGAAAAACAUAAAACCAGUAGUUCAUGUUCUAAGAGAACAUGAACAACGAAACUUGUGAAAAAAUCAGGUCAAAAUUCACAGCAGUAUACAUAAUCACAAGAAAUUACACUAAAUAUUCAGGUCAGUAGAAAUGUUUGGUGAUUUCAAGGAAAAAUGUCAUCCAUUAAAAAUAACUGGAAACAUUAGUGAUGGAAAAUAUGUUUAAAAUGAUCUAAUCUUAGGACAACUACAAAAAAGAAAAGAGAUUAACGAUGUGUUGUUCAAAGAUCAAUGCAUUGGACUAAACCAGCUUGUUUAAACAGUCUGGUCACUCAAUUUGUGACAGAUGGAUUUCAGUCAUUAGUUAACACAGCAUCUCAGAUCAUCUUUUUAUCAGCAACUUAAAAUAACUGCAGUCAGAGAUCUGAGAAACUGACACUUUAUUAAUUCACACCAUGUUUUUUCAUCAAGCUACGACACGCCUAAAACAGAUUCAGCAUUAGUACAGUUACAUGAAAACAACCAUAAUAUCUGUAAGCAUGGGACAGAAGAGAAAGCCUCAUCAACCACAGAUGCUAACAAGUCAAAACCUCAACUUCUGGGCCCUGCACUCAGCAAAGUCACUGAGCAUCUUUACAGACUUACCCCCUUUUCACUUAUGAAAUGAGUAUUAUGGCUUGUGAACUUUGGAGUGUGUGGAAUGAGCUGCUCUGCUUCUGUUUUGUAAACAUGUUUCAUUUUGGGAAUGCUUCGUAAGCUUUAUUUCAGUUUUUUUAGUGCAAACUGGGAUUCCAUAACCAGCUAACUAAGGCUACGUCCACACGUACAUGGGUAUUUUUGAAAAUGCAGAUUUUUCUAUGCAUUUGCACCUUUCGUCCACACGUAAAUGGCAUUUUCGGUCACUGA